AUGUUCACACAUCCGAAUCGAGGACUGGCCCGUGAGGACUGGCAGUCAGGAAGAUCAGGAUCAGACCACGACUCUCACUUCCCAGAGAAACAGACCCAAGCACAAGACUCAGAGACAUCAAAGCAAUCAAUAUGGAGACUAUUCAGACUUGGCGUGUCUUUGGCACUCACCAUUGCUGCGCUUGUCCUCACACUCAUCAUCUUGGUCGUCGGCAGACAUGGCGAUGGUGGAAGUGACCUCGCCCUCAUCACUGUCAACAUGACCAAUUUCGUGAGGUUUGAGCCGCCAACCAUCGAGCUCGUGUCAAACUCAUCAUCAGCCACCAAGACACGACGAGGCAUAGGCUCAUGGGAGAGUGAUGUCGCCAGUGCUGCAGGGAGUGUCGUGACCUCCGUCGAGACUGCAGUGUCGGGCGCCGCGUCUGCUGUGGAGACCGCCGCCGCAGCCGCAGCCACAGCCGCUGAGGCUGAAGCAGACAAGAUCGUCGCUGAUAUCGGUGACACCCUCGAGGAUAUCGAAACCGCCGUCACGGGCCUCAUGGACAAGGUCCUCGACACCAUCCAGGACGAGCUGAACAAGUGGCUCCAGGAGACAGCCAGUGCCCUCUACGACGUGGACGUUCCUGACAAGAUGUCGCUCCACUUGACUACGUUCUGUAGCACCCAGUCGAGGAGCACGUCCAACUCGACCAAAGCAUCGUGCGGUCAGCUUUUCUCGCGUGGUGGCGCCGGCUCCUCCAAUGCGACCAGCAACAACGGCACAAUCCUCGGAUUCCAGCCAGGCGGUUUCCUCGCCAAGGCCCUCGGCGUCUUCUACGUGCCCACGAGCGCACAAGACGAGAUCCGGGAACCAGUCGACACAGCCGCCGACACGGUCGAGAGGCUGCUGCAGGAGGCCGGGAAUGACCUGACGAGCUGGUCCGUCGACCUGCUCUUCAUCCCCAUCGUGGCCGUCUACAUCCUGGCGGCCGUCAUGACGUGCCUCCUGGUGUUGAUCCUCAUCGCCGCCACCGCCUUCAGCGUGCGGUCCCGAGAGGGUCUCCCCGCGCGCGUCUACUCCCUCUGCGGCUCCAUCGCCGCCCUGGCCGCCUUCUUCCUGCUCCUCGGGAGCGUGAUCCUGACUGUGAUCGCCCUCGUCGCCUACAUCGUGGGUCUGGGCGGCAGCGUUGUCGGCAUCACCAUCACGUCCGGCUACAAGCUGAAGUGGAUGUCGUGGGCGGCCUUUGCCAUCCUCGCCUUUGUGGCUGUGCUUUUCAAGGUGGAGGAGUUUGCGGCUGAUUGUAUGUUCUGGUGGCGGUUUAUCAGGCAGCUCUUGGGGCUGCGGAAGAGCAAGGGCGGCGCUCGGGACAUGAUGAGGAGUUUGAAGUAG